CGUACGUACGUGCUCUCCUAUACAGAAACCGUUUCGUCCCGUCGGCCGGCCGCCGUCGCCUAGGCAGUGGGCAACUGGGCAGAGGACGGCGGCAUGGACAGGAUCCUGGCCAUGUCCCUCGUCGGCGCGGGGCCCUGCAACGUCUUCGGCCCCGGCAUGAGCGCCGGCGCGCUGGAGAGCUUCGCCCGCGACGCGGGGCGCGCCAAGGCGGAGGGCAACAGCCGGGGUGGUGGUGCGGCGGCGGGCGGCACAAGAUCGGCGUCGGCGGGGAGUGGUGGUGGGAAGCGCGCCGCCGAGAGGACGGGCGAGAAGGAGGCGAACAGUGGCGCCAGCACGAACGCGACGCGGUCCUGCCCGGCGUUGGACUUCGACGAGAGGUUCUGCUUCGACGCCGUCGUCGCUCCGUACUGACAUGCAGUAUGCACGCUGCACGGCGCGCCGUGAUCCAAGUUCUUGGCGAGUUCUUUGUUUGGACAAGAUGUUAGGACUUCGCAUGUGUUUUUGACUGGUGAAGUUGUGAAAAAAAAUGGGAUGAUGUUUUUUUUAGUAUACAAAAAGCAAAUCGCAACAAAAAGGUUGAGCGAC